AUGGCUGCUUCUGUCCCAUGGGCCUGCUGUGCUGUGCUUGCUGCCGCCGCUGCCGCUGUCUACACCCAGAAACACAGUCCACAGGAGGCACCCCAUGUGCAGUAUGAGCGCCUGGGCUCAGAUGUGAUGCUGCCAUGUGGCACAGCAAGCUGGGAAGCAGCUGUGACGUGGAGGGUAAAUGGGACAGAUCUGGCCCCUGACCUGCUCAAUGGCUCUCAGCUGGUACUACGAAGCCUAGAACUGGGCCACAGUGGCCUGUAUGCCUGUUUCCACCGUGACUCCUGGCACCUGCGCCACCAAGUCCUGCUCCAUGUGGGUUGCCUCCAAGUCACUCGGGUUGAUGAAAAUGGAGACGGGACUAAGGGAAGUGACAGAGCACAGAUCAUGGUCACCGAGAGCUGGUGGGUGAUAUGGUCAGACUCAGAUUCGGGCAGUGAAGAGAAGUACGUUGGAGGGGAAGACAACAGCAGGAAGGAGGCCGUAGAAGGCGCAGGAGACACGCCUGUGCUCACCUGCCGCUCCAACACUUACCCCAAGGGCUUCUACUGCAGCUGGCAUCUGCCCACCCCUACCUACAUCCCCAAUACCUUCAAUGUGACUGUGCUGCAUGGCUCCAAAAUUAUGGUCUGUGAGAAGCACCCACCCCUCAAGACCCCCUGCCACAUCCGCUACAUGCACCUGUUCUCUACCAUCAAGUACAAGGUCUCCAUAAGUGUCAGCAAUGCCUUGGGUCACAACACCACGGCUAUCACCUUCGACGAAUUCACCAUUGUGAAACCCGAUCCUCCAGAAAACGUGGUAGCUCGGCCAGUGCCCAGUAACCCUCGUCGACUGGAGGUGACAUGGCAGACGCCCUCAACCUGGCCUGACCCUGAAUCCUUUCCUCUCAAGUUCUUUCUGCGCUACCGGCCUCUCAUCCUGGACCAAUGGCAGCAUGUGGAACUGUCAGAUGGCACAGCACACACCAUCACCGAUGCCUACGCUGGGAAGGAGUACAUCAUCCAGGUGGCAGCCAAGGACAACGAGAUUGGGACAUGGAGUGACUGGAGCGUGGCUGCUCACGCCACACCCUGGACAGAGGAACCACGACAUCUCACCACUGAAGCCCAGGCCCCCGAGACCACGACCAGCACCACCAGCUCAUUGGCACCCCCACCCACCACGAAGAUCUGUGACCCUGGAGAGCUAGGCAGCGGCGGAGGACCCUCGAUACCCUUCUUGAACAGUGUCCCUGUCAUUCUGGCCCUGGCUGCCGCUGCUGCCACAGCCAACAAUCUCCUGAUCUGCCAGGCAUCCUAUGAGGACAUGCCAGAGCACCUGCAGAGGAGGCCGGAGCUGAGCCUGCAGACCCCGGCUUCUAUUUUGCACACGGGCAGGAGGACCUUUUGCAUUCUCUUCAGACACAAUUUGUAG